UCACAGCGCCAACAUUUUUACAUACACAAUAGACGCUAAAGUCAUUUGAAAUAAAUAUAAACGGUCGCAAUUCAAUGAAGUGGGGUUUUGCACGCUGAAAAGUAAAUAACAAACUUUGGUCUGUCUGUUCGAGUCAAUGGUUAUUAUUGUAAACUGAAAAAUGUCCGAGAAAAGAAAACUCACGUACAGCGACAAAAAGUCCUAUUCAACAAGAAAAAGUAAUUUGCCGCUUUCGAAAAAUCGUCUGUCCAACGUGGGCCAAGGAGCAACACUCUCACGACCAUCACAUAUUGCACGUCCUUCAUCCAUUGGGCCCCGAGUGGUUCCACCGUCGAGUGCGACUCGAUCAUCGAGUGCAACCCGCUUAUCGCGAGAUACAAUUGGUCGUUCUUCAGGUGGCUUGCGUCGUUAUGGCAGUGACAAUUAUUUGAACACGCCAAGCCGAUUUUCGACAAUGUCAACGCCGCUCCGUGGCCGAUCACCAGCUGUGCGCCACUCAGUGAUGCCACCAGACAGUUCACGAAAAUCAAAACAUGAGAACAUAAUAAAAGUUCAGGAGAUUCUACAACGUGACGAAUCGUUCUAUGCUGAUCUGAAUCUCAAAAAUGGUUGCUUAAAAACAAUGACCAUCAAUCAAUUCUACAUGAUCAUAAGACGUUUCGUUCGCUUGAUUUGCGGAAAGGAUUUGGACACAUUCAUAACGGGUGGUGACCCGAUAAAUGGCAUCCUUAAUUUUAUGGAUUCCGUUCAGUACCCAUUCGCUGUAAACAAAUCCAUGCUUAAGACACCCAAUGCACCGCAUACAUUUGAUCAAAUUGUGGUGAUGCUUCUGUGGUUGGGAAGUGUUAGCAGCGUGUCAACUAUUGCGUCCGAUGAUUCAAUAUUGGGCAAGUAUCUAUUCGUGAAGGAUGAACAAUUCCCAAAUGAAGAAUACACAUCGAUGUUUUCCAAGGCCAUUCAAGAUGGUUAUCUGUUGUGGAACAACGAAAGCGAUGAGCAUUCAACGUUUAUCGAUCGUCUCACCGAUCAACUCAUCGCUGCCAAAUUGGAUCACAAGGUUGAAACAGCUGCUGAGCUUCAAUCAUUAACCGACAAUCUGAAAAUUAAAUCGAAAGAAUUGGCUGAUAAUCCGGUGCAGUUGAACAAUUUGCAUCAGUUUGAACAACUGGAAUCGAAAUACGUCGAAUACGAGACCAUGGAACAUGAUCUGGAGAAUCAACUGAAGGAUAAACGUGAUCGAUUGGCUGCCGUACAAGUGAAUUGGAAUGAUAAACGCGCCAAAGUGCAACAGGCUCAAUCGAAAAUUCAGGCACUUGCCACUCAAAUUCAACAGCAAGAGCACAGUAUUGCCGACUAUAGAAAAUUGGCCGAAAAAUUGUCUAUGAUGAGAACGGCGGUUGGAACAGUUCAAAAUGAAAUUAAACUCAUUCGAGAUGAGGAGUCAAUUCAGCAGAUCACGCGGGCCAGACUAUUAAAGAAGGUUUCUGAAGCGAUUACUAAGAUCAAUCAUCGCGGAAUGCAAAUCGUAAAAGUGCUAAACAACACUCAAUUUAAAUUCGGCGAAAAGGAAUUAAACCUGCUGCAUCUGCCGGCAAGUCCAUCAGUUCAACUAGUACAAGAUGUGGAACAAACGUUGUCACAUAUUUUCAGUGUCGUGAAAAUUCAAAAGCAUAAAACACAAAUCGAACUCGACAAGGCAACUAGCAAAUUAAACGUUCUGAAAGCAGAAUCGGAAGCAUUGACGAAAGAAUUUGAUAGUAUCAAGAAAAAAUAUGAGAAGAUCUCUUUCGAAAAUGAGGUGCUCGAGAAAAAAUCGACAAUGAAGAACAAAAAGAAUGAAAACUGCACUCGUAAGUUGACUAAGCAAGCUGAUGAGGCCAAAACAAAACACAGUAUGCUCAAAGUUCAAAUCGCCGCCGCGCAUGCUAAACAGAAGCAAUUGGAGGAUGAAAAUAUUAAGCUAAUGGAACAGGCAGAAGCACAUGCCAUGAAAAUCAUUGCAGAAAAACAAGAUUUGGUCAAUCAAUUGGAUGAACUUGAAAAGGUGUUAGAUGGAAAUUUAGAGGGUUUUGAUUAUCCAAAAUAAGCGUGAAUGUUGCAUGUUUUAUGGACCUAAUGUCAAAGUAUCACUGUGUGUCAUGUUGGUUUAAUGUGUUCUUUGUAUAAGUAUUUAAUUUAUAUUCACACCUAGUACAUUCGAGAUAUCGAAAUCGCUACGAAUUGUUUUUCCCCGAUUUUGAUAAUCAAUAUGAUAAUGAUAAUGCUGUGCGAUGCAAUAAUCGAUGUUAAGGAAGAUACGAUUUUCAUACGGUUUACGCGAAAUAAAGGUUGUUAAUGAAUGAAUAGAAAUUAAUUAUUUCAUUAAAUAAAACAAAAUAAUCCAAAAAAGUCGUAUAAUUUGAAACCAAAACAUAGUAUGAAUAGUAGUUUCUCUGAAGUGAUCCACUUUCCUUUGUUUUGUUUAGAAACAACGGAGAUGAAUUCACACAGAGAAUUUUGAUUAGGAUUUUCCAAACAUAAGAAUGCUGAUUAUUAUUUGCUGUUUGUGUACACAAACGAUUCAACAUAUGGACAAUUUUUGCAACGACAAAUCUGCAGACAAUUGAAAAAUAAAUUGGAUGAAAUAACGCAAGUGUAGAUGUUUACCAUUUCAAUACAAAAGUAAUAUGAACAAUCAAAACUACGUAUGUUUUUCAUCACAGAAAUAAAACAAUUAUUUUAAUAUUUCAUUCUAAAA